UAAACUGUAGUCAAGUUUCCUAAUGCAGUUUAUAUUUAUUGGCAUACUCAAAUAAUAAAAAACUGAAAAUAUUAUACUGAAGCUACGCAAGGUUACAUGAUAUACUGAAACAAUGCUUGUUAACGCUGAUUAACACUUGACACUUUUUUGUAACAAUUCGUUCACGGACCGUCUUGAUAGAUCUCCAAUAUUGAACCACUACAAUUUAGUCAAGUACCCUCUUUGUUGAUUUGACGUAAGCAUUCUAAAACAAAAGAAUGUGUGGUUCUGUAUAAGCUUCAAUAUUUCCAUCAUCCUCCCAGACAAGAAAGUACGACGGGCCCAGGCUUGAUUGGCCCCUUCGUUCAACUCUGGCAGCUCCUGUAUGGGGCUAUUAAAGUCUAAAUGACCGCAUGAAAUAAACUUUACUGAAAAGUAAAACACCUUUCAAUAAAUUACGGUAUUUUGAAUAGAAAUAAUUUUCGAAGAUGUAUUUUGCAAAGUUUCUAAGAAAAUCAAGUCUUUCUUGAAGAACCCUAGUAUUAGUUAGACUCAAUAAGACAGACAAUUUAUUCAAGAGCCACUUCAACCCCCUAUAAAUAAUAAGAAAAAUCGUUGAGACCAUUCUAUUUUACAAGUUCUACAGACUCGUAUAGUUGUUGCGAUUUUAAAAUCAGUUAAAAAGAUUUUCCUAAAAGUUUUUUUGUAUUUUUGGGCAAAUUAAUAGAAUGACUCAUAAAACAGUGUGCCUUGUACCAAGACCAUGGGGCGCAAUUUCAACAGAUUAUUUAGAAAAAGUGCUGAAUCAAGAAAUGGCGUUUCAUUAUUAUAAUUUCAAUCGUAUAGAAGGUUUGACACUUCGUGCUGAAGGUGUAACAGCUAUAAUGAAAAUUCAUGAUAAUCAUGGGUGGAUGUGUAAAUCGGACGACUUAAAAAUUAAACCACAUCCCAAAGAAUAUUUCCCGGUUUAUGUACCGUGCAUUUUCUGUUCUGAGCGGUAAGUAAA